AUGCGUAGCAUUAAGGUUCCUCUGUCGCCCCCACCGCCGGCUCUAUUUCUCACAAUUGUCACAUUGGGUCCAAUCGUCCGCAAUGCGGCCAUCCAGACUCCAUGCCAUGCGCCCAGUGCAGUGCCCCUUUGUGCAUGCGUGGUCUUACUGGCAUUCAUAUUACUUGGGCGGAGGCGUAAGUCCACAUUGCCUCUGCCGCCUGGUCCUCCUGCAGACCCGAUCAUUGGACACCUUCGAAAAUUUUCUUUUGCUCAUCAGCAUGAACUCUUCCGCGAAUGGGCAGCCAAGUACGGAGAUAUCUUCCAUCUGCAUAUCUUAGGCCAUCACCUUGUUGUCCUAAAUUCCUUGCGAGUCGCGACUGACCUCAUGGAUAAACGGAGUGCCAAAUACAGCGACAGACCGUCAUGCACAACCUUGAAAUUGACGGGCUGGGACGUCAGCGUCCCAUUCAUGGAAUACGGCCCGCGAUGGAAGAUACACCGCAAGAUUUUCCAAGGAUACUUUAACGAGAACGAGAGCCUCAAAUAUCGUGCGCAGCAGACUAAAGGAGCGCAUGUACUUCUGAAGGAUUUGCUGGUCUCACCCCACGAAUUCACUACCCUAACACAACGGUUUGCCAUGAGGGGUGUCUUGGAGAUAGCGUACGGCCAUCAGGUGCAUUCUGACAAUGACGUGUACGUCAAACUCACAGCGGAUGCGCUGCAUGGUGCCGACGAGGUGAAACUUGGUGCCUCACCAGUCGACUUUGUGCCUUCCCUGGUCCAUCUGCCCCAUUGGCUUCCCGGAUGUUCGUCUCUUACUUCGGCGGCGCGUCGCUGGCGGCCUGCUACAAGAAAGGUGCACGACUUCCCGUUUGAUGACGUGUUGAAACAGAUGGAUGCGGGCGUUGCUCGGCCGUCAUUCCUAUCUUCGCAUCUGGAGCAAUACAACGCGGAAGGUGCCAAGAAUUACAAUUUGGAUGACCUCAAAGGCGCUGCUGCCACCAUUCUCAUUGCUGGUAGCGGAACGACAUGGUCCCUCAUCCAAACCUUCUACUUCUCUAUGCUCCUGUUCCCAGAGGUGCAGCGCAAAGCGCAGGCGGAAAUUGACCGAGUGAUAGGUUCCGAUAGACUGCCAGACUUCAGCGAUCGCGAUGCACUGCCUUUCGUAGAGUGUGUCUUACAGGAGACUAUUAGAUGGCAUCCUGUUGCUCCUCAAGGCAUCGCACACCGGUCUGUUGAUGAUGACAUAUACCAAGGGAUGUUCAUCCCAAAGGGUUCGAUCGUAUUCCCCAAUGUCAUGGCAAUGAGUCGCGACGAAACAGUGUAUAAGGAUGCAGACGCCUUCUAUCCCGAGCGUUUCCUUCCCGCACCUGCAGGUCCCGGCGAGCCAUAUCUGGGCGCCGUCUUCGGGUUCGGUCGGCGAAUCUGCCCUGGGCGAUACUUCGCGGACAACAGCGCGUGGAUCGUCGUCGCGACUGUUCUCGCGACCUUCGAUAUCUGCAAGGCUAUCGAUAAGACCGGGAAGGCCAUUGAGCCAGACGUGGCAUUCACGACGGACGGGCUGGCAAGCCGUCCAAAACCGUUUGAAUGUGUAUUUCGACCGCGCUCAGAGAUGGCGAAGAAACUGAUUAUGCAGCACGCGAAUCUGGGUGAGGAUUGA